AUGGGCGACUGCAAGGGCGCUAAAAGUGCCAUAAUCAUUGGUGCCGGUGUAGGAGGUGUUGCCCUUGCUGCACGACUCGCGAAAGCUGGUCUCAAUGUCACUCUGCUCGAGAAGAAUGAUUUUAUAGGCGGGCGGUGCUCUCUCAUUCAUCACGACGGUCAUAGGUUCGAUCAAGGCCCGUCACUUGUACUCGUGCCCGAAUUGUUUAAAGAAACGUUCGAGGAUCUCGACACUUCCAUGGAGGCUGAAGGUAUUCAGCUCGUAAAAUGCGAGCCUAAUUACACCCUCCAUUUCCACAGUGGAGAUAGUGUGUCCCUGUCCACGGACAUAUCCUUGAUGAAGGACCAAAUCGAGAAGUGGGAAGGUGUCGAUGGCUUUGAGAAAUUCCUCGACUUUCUAAAGGAGUCCCAUCGUCACUACGAAGUUUCUCUGGAACACGUAAUGCAUCAGAACUACACCUCCAUCCUGUCUUUACUCCGCCCAGAGGUCCUAAGCAAUCUCCUCAGCCUUCACCCUUUCCAAUCUCUGUAUUCCCGUGCCUGCAAACAUUUCACUUCGCCUCAAAUGCGCAAAACGUUCACGUUCGCCUCCAUGUACACCGGAAUGUCACCAUACGAUGCACCAGCCACUUAUUCAUUAUUGCAAUACACCGAAUUCGCCCGAGGGAUAUGGUACCCUAUCGGUGGUUUUGCCAUCGUUCCCAUCAAGCUGGCUGAGAUCGCUCAAAGAUUCGGGGCUACCAUCCGUCUGUCAUCCCCCGUCAAGUCACUGUUAUUCUCCGAUGACGGAAAGCGAGUAUCAGGCGUUGUUACAGCGUCCGGCGAAUCUUUGGAAGCCGAUAUUGUGGUCUGUAAUGCAGAUCUCGUUUACGCUUAUGAUAAACUUCUUCCAUCUCCCCGGUUAUCGUCCCUCGGAAAGAUCUUCGGUUUCCUCGAUGAUCUCAAUCCCCUUUCCUCUUCUAGGAGGAACGUGUUAAAUAGAACUGCAUCGUGCUCAACCAUUUCCUUUUAUUGGUCUCUUUCCCGACCUCUCCCACGCCGUCCUAAACACGCACCAGCAGCAUCAAAUUUUUCUUCGCCCGCCGAGGGGAAGAAUGACGACUACUCCUACUUCUCCGCCCACAACAUUUUCCUCGCAGACGCUUACAAGCGAUCUUUCGAUCAAAUCUUCAAAGAGCAUACACUUCCAACCGAUCCAAGUUUUUAUAUAAAUGUGCCUAGUAUGCUUGAUGACACUGCUGCACCUGGUGGUUGCGAUACCGUUGUGGUGUUGGUGCCUGUUGGACAUCUUCUGCAGAGGGAGGUGGACUCUGAGGAAGGAAAUAGGGUGAAUGCACUGGUGAACCGUGCAAGAACGCAAGUUUUGGAAACUAUCAAAACUAGGAUGGGGAUCGAUCUUAGUAAGGAUGGGUGGAUUAAACAUGAGAUAGUGAAUAACCCAAUCGUAUGGAAAAAUAAGUUUAACCUCGAUCGUGGUGCUGCUCUUGGACUCUCACUCGACCUUUUCAAUACACUCUGUUUCCGUCCUUGCACGCAGCAUUCUCAGUUCAAGAAUAUGUACUUUGUCGGAGCUAGCACUCAUCCAGGCACUGGCGUACCUGUCGUCCUCGCUGGAGCCAAGAUAACCGCGGAACAAAUCCUAUCGAAUCAUCUUCCCCCUAAUGAGAUCUCAGGAUUCAAAUCCCUUCAAGGGAAUGGCCAUGCAGUAGGGCACAACAAAGUAGUAUCCGGGCCUAAAUCGAAGCGCACGUCGUUUGUAGAGCCUUUUAGGCUACUAAUCUGGCUUAUAAUCGUCUCGAUAAUAUUCUUUUGGGUUUCUGUGACUCUUUUCGGUGUGUACAAGGGAUGGCGCUACCUUUAA